AUGCCCAAUCUGGCCCUGGCCGCCACGACGUCCCUGGAGGCGUCCAUGGCGCUGUGCACCAGCACGUGGCUGCCCGCCAACGGCAUCCUUUCGCUCGACGGCCAGUCGGACGAUGCCGUCCUGACGCUCGACAGCGACGCCUUCUUCCAGGCGCCCUGCCCGACGGCCACGAUCCCGACCGUCUCCGUCGCCGUCAGCGAGCCCGAGAGCACCGGCACCGCCACCGGAGGAGGCUCGAGCCUGAACCUGCAGGACCUGGGCGACGACGGCGACCCGGACGACAGCCCGCACUUUUCCGACUUCCGCGACCCCUUUUACGCCUCGAGCUUCCCGAUAUGCUACGCCCUCGCCGCCACCACCGUCACCGCCUACAUGCUCGUCAUCAUGCUCUUCAUCACCCCCAGGUCCUUCUUCGACAGCGGCGUCGUCUACCUCGGCCGCCCCGGCGGCUUCACCAACAGCUCCUCGGGCGGCGUCAACAUCGGCGGGCGCCCGUGGCUGCAGAAGUUGGCCGCCCUGACGGUCGCGAUAUCCCUGACGAUUGCCACGGCGGACACGUUUCGCAUCGCAAAGAUACAGUACAUAUGGGGCGUGCAAAACGCAAAGGUGCUGCAGAACCAGGUCAUGGGGAGCACCGAGCUCAGGGCGAUCCGCAUCGUGUCCGACACGUUCCUGUGGCUGGCGCAGGCGCAGACGCUCAUCCGGCUGUUCCCGCGCCACCGCGAAAAGGUCAUCAUCAUGUGGGCUGCCUUUUUCCUCAUCAGCCUCGACGUCAUCUUCAGCGCCCUCAACAGCUUCCUGUACUCGGAUCCGGACAGCAAUGGCAACUCCAUGCCCAAGAGCUUUGCGCAUCCCAUCCCGGCGCUGAGCUACCUGUUCCAGCUGGCGCUCGGAGUGCUGUACGCAGCCUGGGUCGUGUACUAUGCCAUCAUGAAGAAGCGAUACGCAUUUUAUCACCCCCUGAUGAAGAACAUGUGCUUGGUGGCUGGUAUUUCUCUAGGCGCCAUCCUGAUUCCAGUUGUCUUUUUCAUACUCGAUAUCUCGAAGCCAGAGUUUACUGGCUGGGGAGAUUACGUGCGAUGGGUUGGUGCGGCGGCUGCCAGCGUGGUGGUGUGGGAGUGGGUAGAACGAAUCGAAGCGCUGGAGCGCGAGGAGAAGAAAGAUGGGAUCCUCGGUAGGGAGGUGUUUGAUGGAGAUGACACACUCGAGGUGAAUGCGGCGGAGCUUCCCUGGUCACGAAAGCGAAAGGGUUACAAGCCCAAACCAGGCGGAGAUGGUGAUGGCAGGGGGGUUAUGAUCACGGAGAGGGAGCAGAGGCCAAGAGAAGGCGGUUGGCCUGGUGUUUCGGUCAUUGGUGGCGGCCGGCACCGUGAGCGAGACGGCCAUGGUGGACACGGACGUGGCGAUGGAAGUGGUGGGACAGCGGGAGAAAGGACAACAGGACACAUCAUGAGAGCGGCGCCAUGGAUUGCACGACCUCCCCCCGCCGUGACGCCCGUCAGUAGAACUGACUCCACGAGUGCCGCCAGCAGUACGAUAUACGCCGUGAGGCACCAGGGAGGCUCCGACGGCGUACCAAGAGCAGCCGAUUCAGUAGUUUCCGCUCCGAUACGGACCACUGCAGACGGUUCGAGACCCGAGAGUAACCAAGGCCGCCGCCUUUUUGCAGAAGACGCCGCAUCGACAAACCAGCCGCCUUCCUCCGUCUCUCCAGGGGAUCCCCCCACUGGCCAUAUCGCGAUUCGGGAGCCAACGAGGUCAGCGGAUUUGGAGGCGAACUCUAGCUCGGGUGGUAAUGGUGGUGGCGGCGGGCGCUGGCAUGCGCUGCUGCGUCGUGGAGGCGGCGGAUCGACAUCGCCGCUGCAGUUGCCCAGGACCUUGUCGGAUACCCGGUCGACGAUUACGACAAGAGCCCGGAUCGAUACGAACCGGUGGGAUAUCCGAGGCAGGCUGGAAGAGUUCGCCGUGAGCCAAGCGGAGAGGAUUCGAGAAAGGCUCCGGCCGACGACGGAUACGGAGAACCUCCCCGUCAUGGUGAUUCCAGCGCCGGCACGACGAGGCGCCGCGCUGCAGCAGGUUUUGGAGGAGGAGGGAGAAGAGCUGAGCAGUGCGGCGGCAUCGGCCCUGCGACGUGCGCGAGGAUCCAGCAGCAGCAGCUCUUCCGAAGAGGUGUACGAAGUCAGGGGGCGGAAUACCAUGGUGCCCGCCGUGUACUCGAGAGCAACGACGGGCACACGCGAGAGGCCGAUACCGCCUACCAAUCCGCCUCUGUGGCCCGGGGUUCGGAAUCGACACCUCUAUGACGACGACGAUUACUCGUAUGACGACUCGGUAACGGAGACUUCGUCUGUGUUAUCGCGGGAGCACGAACAGGAGCAUGAGCACGACCACGGCAACGAUCAACACGAACCAGAUCCGGAACCUGAGCCGGAGAUACACACUGGCCAAGACGACAGGCGCACAAUAAUACCUCCUGGAGACCCUGGCGCUUCCUCUUCAUGA